UCGAGAGAGAGGGAGGCACACUAAUAGUAUAGGCAAAGUGUUAAAGUUUGCUAAGAUGCAAAAGACGAGCCGUUAUCUUUUUCUCUGCGCCUUGAUUGUAAACAUUGAUCAUUUGGUCAGUGUUAGAAAUCCGAGGCCAACUUUGAGGUUCACUUUUACAAAAAAUGAUGAGAAGCCUAAAGGCCCCGUGGUAGUGACAACAGAGGGGCCUUUACAGGGGAUAUACCGCGGUGCGUCCAAGGUAUUCUACGGCAUCCCCUUCGCCGAGCCUCCUGUGGGAAAUUUAAGAUGGCGCCCUCCACAAUUCAAAUCAUCUUGGCAUGCAUCAGGGAAAACGCUGCUUGCUGAUGUCGUACCCCCCGCGUGUCCGCAGACGUCUUGUUUGUGGCACAGUCCGCCGUUUAUCUGCGUCAAUAAGACAUCAGAGGACUGCCUUACUCUCAACAUAUUCACGCCCAGUGGAGCAUCAUACUUCUCCAAUCUCCCGGUAAUGUUUUUUAUUCACGGCGGGCAGUUUACGACAAUGAGCGGUGGCUCCCCCUUAUGGAACGGCGAGACACUAGCCAGCAUGGAAAACGUUGUGGUGGUCACCAUCAAUUAUAGAUUAGGAGCCCUGGGGUUUCUGUUCGCUGAUGAGGGACCCGACGCACCCCAAGGCAACUACGGAGUGAUGGACCAGCGUUUCGCUUUGGCAUGGGUCCAAAGGAACAUCAGAAAUUUUGGCGGUAACCCUGAUGAGGUAACAAUAUUUGGCCAAAGUGCCGGAGCCCAAUCCGUGGCUCUUCACAUGACAUCUGCCAAGAGCUCCUCUUUGUUCCGACGCGCCAUUGUGGAGAGUUCCCCGUUUGCUAUCCACUUCAAGUCCCAUUCUGAAGCGAAGCGUUUAGGCAAGUACUUGAUUCAAGCGCUUGGUUGUCAACAUGACGUCGUAAACUGUCUUCGGAACGCUUCUGCUGACGCGCUCGUGACCGCCGAAAAUGUCGUCUCGGUGAAGGUAGCGUCGCUCCAAGUUCUAGAAUUUUUUGAGCAGUGGGGACCCUUCAUAGAUGGCGUGGAAGUGAAGGACCAACCGCUUGACGCCUUUAUGUCCGGGAACUUUCAACGCAAACCUAUCAUGAUGGGCGUUACAACGCAAGAGGCUCAGUCAUUUGUAUAUGCCGGGUUUCUACACAAUGUAAGCGAGACUGAAUAUCGAGCAAUUUUACUGGCUACUUUCCCAGUUCACAUAAGGUCCGUACUUUCUACGUACCCUAUUGUAAGUUCAGGAGACCAACGCCCUGCGUUUGUCAAUAUCUCUACAGAUUAUGCAUUCAUCUGCCCAACAAGAGCUGCCGCGAAAGCCAUUGCAAGAAGAUCGUUUUUAUUCCCAUAUAUAUGGAUGUACGUCUUUAAUCAAACCGUCGCACCUAGAUUCUGGUCCAACAUCACGUACUGUUACGGCCAUGUGUGCCAUGGUUCGGAACUUCCUUUUGUGUUUAAUCCAGGUAAUAAUAAGGGCUUUGAAUUAUCAAAAGAGGAACAAAAACUCUCCCAUGCUAUGCAAAAGUACUGGGCUAAUUUCGCAAGGACGGGCAAUCCCAACACUCUGUACCCGGCCGGCGCCAAUCCAAGACAAGGGUUCAACGAUGGAGUCACCAGAAUGAAAUUUUAUGACAAAUAUUGGCCGCCUUUUCAUUCCCAGACGAACUUCAGCGUCCUGGAGUUCAAAGCUCCAAUGGGUUCUGUAAUGUAUGACUUUAAAACGAAGUUGUGUGACUUUUGGGAUGGUAUUGGAUAUUGAAAAUGACUAAAAAAUUGACAUUUUAAGCGAUUAUAUGGCAUCAAUAACACCGAAAGAUAGUGUCAGUAGGCUUUAAUUAUGAU